UCGAAAGUAAAUGUAUGCAAAAAUGGCGGCCGCGUUGGAAAUAGCGCAGCACAAAGGUUCAGACGUUGUUUUCGACGUGUGCUGUUCAAUCUGCGACGAUGAUGGCAUACAAAAAGAAGGACGGUUUAAUUGUCAGAAUUGUUCAAAAUAUUUCUGUAACAGUUGUGUAUUAACGCACAAUAAGUUUCUUAAGGAUCAUUUAGUAACUGCACAAGGGGGCGGUGACGAAUGGCCUGUAGUAAAACCAGUGGAUGGUUCGCUGGAAUUAUGUGAGGAACACACAACUGAGAAACUGACGAUGUUCUGUGAAGAUGAUGAAAAGCUGCUCUGCCACGUCUGUCAUCUCCGUAAUCACAAGCAAUGCAGUCAGAUAGUUCUAUUGACUGACAAGGUAAAAUCUACCACACAACCCUUGGACGUAGGACAAAUGAAGACUAGAAUUGAAUCAUAAUUGGAACGCCUACAAAAAAUGUUGCAAAUGGGAGAACAAAAUAGUUUGUCUCUCCAAACGUCAUACAAAAAAGUGUUAAAAGAAAUAGUUGAUGUUCGUCGACUGAUCAACGAAAAUUUAGAUCGACUGCAACAAAAUACAGAAAGAAAAUUGGAAGAGUUGCAUUCUACAUUACAUAAUUCUAUGGAAAAUAUCAGAAAACACUGCGUUGAAUUUAUUUCAAAAAUAAAUGGGUUUAACAUUAAGGACUUACAAAACGAGUCGCCUGAGCGAUCGUUUAUUAUAUUCAGAAAAUGCUUAGACCAAACCGCUUCGGCAGAUUUAUUUCUUCGGAAAGCAACUGCAAAUGUAGCCAUAGAAUUUAACCACAACAAGGACUUGGAGCAGUGUCUUGCUUCUUGUAGCGAGUUCGGUAGCAUCACAAAUUGCGAGGCUGUGUCACAACACGUCGUUGACCCGAACAAGAUUGUAAGCAUUAAGAACAAGACGCAAUACAGUCUGCCAACAGCGACUGAUAAAGGCAUGUGCUCCAUUUCGGGUAUAUGCGAGUCUACGAAUGGGGAAUUCAUCCUCGCUGACUACGGUAAUGAAUGCGUGUAUCUCCUAGAUCAGGCAUACAAAUUGAUAGACCAAAUUCAACUACCAACUUCGCCGUUGUCCAUGUGUAAAAUAUCUUCCAACGAAAUGGCGGUCACUGUAAGCAACUGUAGUUCUGUGAAUGAGAUUCAUUUCUUACGAGUCGACAAGGGUAGGGUUGUAAAAUAUAAUACUCUGGAACUAAACCACAUGUGUUACGGUAUUGCGAUUCACCAGGGUGACCUGUUUGUAACGUCCGGUACUGAAGUGUGUCAAUACACUAUGAAUGGGCGGCUAGUGAAGACCAUAUAUAUGGAUUAUUCAAGAAGAUGCACUGUUGUAGGAGUUGGAGUGAGUCCUGAUGGCAAGAGGAUCUAUGCGACCGACAUUCACAAUGGCAAGCUUCUCACACUUACCAGGGAUGGAGCAGUCACAGCCUCGCUCAAGGACCCUGCAUUUAGACCGACUUGUACAGUACCUAACUUACAUGUGGCAGCCACAGGACAGGUGUUUGUCGUAGGCAAACAAUGUAUAAGUCAAGUUGACACGUACGGAAAGAAAGUUCUCAAUACGAUACAACUUGAUAUGUCCACGCCUAGGUCUGUUUACUUCAAUGAAGACACAAGAAAGAUGAUUGUUGGAUUUGUUCUCAACAAACGCGUCAUGGAGUUCAACACAUAGGAAUCCUGAUUCUUCAUUGUUUUCAUUUAAUAACGUACACACUAUUUUUCAAGCAAAUUGCAGUGCAUUGUAAUAUUAGUAAUGAAAUGAUUUUUGUAUCUUUUGGACUAGUAUGAAAACAGAUCAACUUUUUGUAUCAUUGUUAUAUUUUUAAUAAUUAUUGUGUUCUUAAUUUGAAAUUUUAUAUUUAAGUUCAUAACCAGUAUUAACAUAGAAGAAGUUUUGGUUUGUUCGCUGUUUUACUUGUUUGUGAUAAUUAAACGAUUCUUUCUAACUCACAAUUAUACGCUCAAUUAUGGCACCGGCCAUGUUCUCUCUUUCAUGCAUUUGUCACUUUCUACGUGGUUUGUUUUCCACAUCGGCAUUAUUAUGUUUGUGCAUAUCUUUCGUUUCAUUUCUUUCUGCUAAUUAUUCUUGUAGCCCCACAUAUUGUUUUCAGUAUAUAAAUACUUUUUGUGUGAUUCAUAAUAAGACGGAAUGUAUUUUAAAUGUUUUAUUUUACUAAUUUGCAUAAAAAUGUUGUCUAUGACAGCCAGUUAUAUAUAUAUUGUAAAACAAUAAGCAUUCGAAAAACACGAUUGUAUGUUCCGCAGAUCUGUUGUUUCUCAGAAAUAGAAAUUCUUACAGAAUAAAUUAAAUUUUAUGAACGAAUACAAUUAAGGAUGAAA